AUCGUCUCUCUCUCUCCUCCCACCGCGCGGAGGGAGGACCCGGGAGCGCAGCCAGCUGCUGAUCCACUGACACACACUCACACACACACUCUCACACACACUCGCAGCAGCAGCAAGACGCACGGCUACUCCGCUCCCACCGCAGACAUGAGUCAGACGUCAGACCUGGAGAACGCCAUCAACACUCUGGUCAGCCAGUUCCACUCUGCUUCAGGGAACAACAGCGGCACUCUGAACCCCAGCGAGUUCAAAGGCCUGGUGUCCUCACAGCUGCCCAACCUGAUGAAGGGUGUGAACCUGGAGCACGGCCUGGGAGACAUCCUGCGGAAGAUGGGCGUGGGCGAGGGCGAGGGCAUCUCCUUCAGCCACUUCUGGAGCCUCAUCCAGUCGCUAGCCGGCUCGCAGUUCGGCAGCAUGAGCGGCGGCCAGAGGGGCUGCUCCUGCAUCCUCCUGUAAGGAGCGGCGUGCCCGGUGUGUGUGUGUGUGUGUCUGUGUGUGUGUGUGUGUGUGUGUGUGUGGGGAGGGGGGGGGGAUGAUCUGACUAAAACACCACAGUGUGCACGCCGCUCUCCUCAUUACAUGUCAGACAGAAUACAAAGGUACAAAGUCUAAUUGGCCUCAGUGAGAAAUGACCCCGACCACACAGGCUCCAUAUUGCCGUUCUACCCAGCAUCCUUUGCAGCAGCUCAGAUUCAGACUGGUGUGCCCUUCGACCCCGCGCCCUGGCCGGACCGGGAGCGUCUGGCGGUGGCGUGGACGGGACUGGGCCGGCGGUUAGCUCGCUAACGGCAGCAGCGGUCUCUGUAGCGCAACGCGCCGGCGUCACGGCGUCACGGCGGCUCGGCGGACCUCUUCGAGGCUCGAGGCCGUCCUGGAUGGAGGAACCGUUCCGCUGGGGUGUUUCUGACCAACAGCACGCCUCUGUGGCCAUUUGGGGGAGUUACCGUCUGAAUGGAGCUGCUGCAAAGCGACGCUGAGCCCCCCCCCCAUGUCCAGACGUGCCUCUGAAAUGACCGGGUGUGGGAUUUCACAGCUUUCACAGCUGCAUUUCUAACCACUUAAAGCUCAAUGAAACAUUGGAUUCCAUUAAUCGAGGCGCAGCCUUAAAAAAUGAAGAUGCUUUUUUGUUUUUUGUAGAAAAACAAUAAAACCAGAUCCUGUGGUGUUUUCUUUAAUUCCUUCCUUAUCAAUGACCCCAGCUGCUUAUUUACCUGCCAAGGCUUUGGAUUAUCUAUAGAAAUACUGCUUCAUCAGCGCUGCUAGUAAAAAGGCUAAUUCAUCAAGAGCAUCUGCAGCCACACAUCUGUGAUGUUAAAAUCUCAUUCUGAAUGUUACGGUGGCUGUUGAGCUGUUUAUGCUGUUCUAGAAAUGCUUAACCUUCCAUGCUGCUUUUGCUCCCUACAUGUUUAUCAGUGACGAACCGUGUCUCGUCCUGCGGUCCUUCACACCAGCAAACCGCCACCCUGUCGUUCCGCUUUUUUAUGUAUUUAUAUUUUGUAACUCUCUGUAUUCUGUCCUGUGGCCCCGUUGCAAAGGGAUUUAAUAAAAAGUGUAGAGGGAGUUCCGCUC